CGCUCAUCUUGCCUCAACCAUCCAGAUCACAUGUAUUCAUUUGACAUACUUACCAACCUUCCAAGGAAGUGUACAUUACAUAUUGCGUACUACUUCAAAUAGUAUAGUAUAUAUAUAAGACUAUACACUACAAAGAGGUAAAAUAUCAACUCAAAUAGAUCACCCUUAUUUGAUUUAAAGCCUACAAAAUAAUUAAGAAACAAUAAAAUGAGUGUAGAAUUCAGCCAAUAUGAAAAUGGAAAUAUGUUCAGAAAUGAAAAGGGAGAAGAAUUGGUGAUAGAUUUAGGAAGCAUCGAUACACAAAGCCUUCUAAUAGAAGGAGACAAGGAAAGUUACACUAAUAAGUUAACUGCUAUGGAGAUGGAAUCUCUAACUGCUCUUUGUGACACUAUUUUACCGGCUGUUGAUCCGCCGGAGAACGCCGCCGAUGAGUCGGUUAUUCGAUUUUACAAAACUUCUGCUUCUAUGGCGGGUACUCCUGAGCAUUUGGGGAAGAUGAUAAGCCAGAGACUUCGACAUCAUGUAUUUCUAAUACGUCUAAUGUUAUUUAUGUUAUCGACAAGAUUAGGCACUUUUAUAUUUGGUGGUGGAAGUCGCAAUUGGUCUCCACGUUUUCCUUUUGUUCUCAAGUUCUCUGAACUCUCCCUUGAAAGACGCCAACAAUUCGUCCUCUAUUUGUCUACAAGUUGGUUCCUUCUUUUUCGAAUGGGCUUUUUUGGCAUUAAACUCCUCAUUUUAUUGGCUUUCUUUAGUAAGGUGGAUGAGAAUGAAGAAAACCCAUCAUGGAAAGCAAUCGGGUACUGUGGGCCAGACCCAGAUUUCAAAUCAAAAAAGAAAAACGACCCAACCCAACAAAUUUGUAAUUUCAAAGUCACACCAUAUCCCUACAGCCCAAACAAAGAAGCCCAAAUCCAAAUCCAAACCCAAGCCCAAACCCAACCCAAAGAAAACAUAUAUGGCCCACUAUUCGAACGCAUAGUUAAUGCAAAAUGUCCCCCAGAUACCCUUAUCGAGACCCUUAAACGUUUUGGCUUUCCUGUAACAUCCACAAAAAGACACCAUCAAACGCCAACAACAACCAUCCAAUGCGACGUCGUAGUGGUGGGUUCCGGAAGCGGCGGCGGUGUAAUUUCCGGUGUCUUAGCUGCAGCAGGGUAUAAAGUACUUGUUAUAGAAAAAGGAGAAUAUAAUGCUAGGACAAAUCUAUCACUUCUAGAAGGUCCUAGUCUAGAUAAAAUGUAUGAAGGUGCAGGAAUGGUAACAACCAAAGAUUUAGGGGUAACAAUUCUAGCCGGUUCAACCGUCGGUGGUGGUUCGACUAUAAACUGGUCGGCAUCGAUUCGAACGCCACCACAUGUAAUCAAAGAAUGGGCUCAAGUACAUGAACUAGAAAUAUUUGAUAGUCCUUUAUAUAAAGAAGCACUUGAUGUUGUAUGCCAAAAAAUGGGUGUACAAAAUGAUGUAAUUAAUGAAGGGUUUAAUAAUGCAAUAUUAAGAAAAGGGUGUUUGGAAUUGGGUUAUCCUGUUAUGAAUAUUCCGAGGAAUUCUCCGGCGGAUCAUUAUUGUGGGUGGUGUUGUUUAGGGUGCAAGGAUGGGAAAAAGAAGGGUACUUGUGAGACAUGGUUGAAGGAUAUGGUGGAUUCCGGUAAUGGGGCUAUAAUUGUUGGUUGUGAGGUUAGAAAAGUAAGGUAUGAAAGGAGAAAUGGGGGGGUUCGGGACCGGGCUAAUGGGGUGGAGUUUGACGUUGGGUGUAAGAAUGAUCGGGUUUUGUUUGUUGUUGAGGCUAAAACAACGGUUUUGGCGGGUGGUGCGCUUAAUACACCGGCGUUGUUGAGGAGAAGUGGGGUUAAGAAUGAGAAUAUAGGGAGGAAUCUGCACCUUCAUCCGGUUGUAAUGGCAUGGGGUUAUUUUCCGGAUAAGGUGGGGGCUGAAAAGUUGUCGUGUUUGGAGGUGGAUGAAGAAAAUGUGUGGCCGGAAAAGGAGAAGAGGAGUUAUGAAGGUGGUAUAAUGACGGCGAUGUCGACGGUUAUUGGAAAUUUUAAUGAGAGUGGAUAUGGGGUUGUUAUACAAACUCCUUCGUUACAUCCUGGCAUGUUUUCAGCUUUGAUGCCUUGGAAAUCAGGCUCACAAUUGAAGCAUCAAAUGACAAGGUUUUCAAGAACAGCCCAUUUCAUAGCCCUUGCAAGAGACAUAGGAUCUGGGACAAUAUCCGAUUCUCCAUUCGACAUAACAUAUAAAAUGGACGCCAUUGAUGAAUCAAAUCUCAAAAAAGGGAUAGAAAAGAUGCUAAGAAUACUAGCCGCAGCGGGUGCGGAGGAGAUAGGGACCCACCAUCAAAGUGGAGAAAGUAUAAACGUAAAGAAAGUGAGUUGCCAUGAGUUCGAGAAUUUCGUAAAAAGGGAAAGUUCAAAAGGGAUACAAGGUUUGUCAAUGCCAAUUGCUUCGGCACACCAAAUGGGGAGUUGUAGAAUGGGAAUUGAUCCAAACAAUUCAGUGGUGAACCAAAUGGGUGAGUGUUGGGAUGUUGAGGGGCUUUAUUUGGCUGAUUCCAGUGUUUUUCCUACGGCUUUAGGGGUUAAUCCUAUGGUUACUGUUCAAGCUAUAGCUUAUUGUACUGCUCAAUCUGUUCUUGAGUUUCUCAAAAGGAAAAGUAUUAAUUAAUUGAUAACAAAUCAACAUAUGGAGUUUUUAUUUAUUUUAUACUAUAAAAUAAAAUUCAACAUUUAUAGUUCUAUGUAUAGAAAUAUAGAAUUCAUGUUAAAAGUAUAUGACCCUCUAUUUUUUUUUUUUUUGAGUUAACUAUAUGAUCUUGUUACUUGUAUCUAUGUUUCUAUGAACUCAUUGAAUAUGAUAAGGUUGUAGAUUAAUAUUUAAAGAUAAUGUUAAUUUGAAUUAAGGAUUUGGCA